AUCGUGUCUCACACUGCCAUGGUGUCCAGUCGAAAAUGCUACUGGCAGUGAAACUUUAACGCCUGAUAGAGCCAUGUUGGGCCGCUCAGCUCCGUGGAUAUAAGCGAGCAGAAAGCAGGCAGCCAGCGGGACGAAAAGACGGAAUCCGGCCUCAGAAGAAGCUCCGCGGUCGGGGACUCCGGUCGAGCAACGCUCAUCGUUUCUGGCCUCCCCUUCCCGAGAGCUCCAUGGAGAAGAUGAAGCAUUUCAAGCGACGUCUUUCUCAGACACUAAGAAACAGCCACACCAUUGACGAGUCACUCUCUGAGCUCGCUGAGCAAAUCACCAUCGAGGAGAAUGGCUUGAGGGAAAACGAGCACAUAGUGAGGAAUGGUUGCCCUCCAUCAGCUCACAGUGUCCACUCAUUCCUUCACCAGUACACGGGCUCCUUUAAAAAGCCACCACUGCGACAGCCUCAGAAUAUUAUUGACGGAGGCCUGGGCCCUAUCGUGGCCAUGCCUCGCAAUGGCAGCCGGCUCGAUAUUGUCCAUGAGAACCUGAAGAUGGGGUCAGAUGGGGAGAGUGACCAAGCGUCAGGCACUUCUUCUGAUGAGGUGCAGUCGCCCACGGGUGUUUGUCUUAGGAACAGAGGGAACAGACGCAUCUCUGCAGAGGACCUGAACAAACGUCUCUCCCUACCAGCAGACAUCCGAAUACCUGACGGUUACCUGGAGAAGUUGCAACUGAGCAGCCCCCCCUUCGACCAGCCUCUGAGUCGACGAUCCCGCAGAGCCUCCCUGUCUGAAAUUGGAUUUGGGAAGCUGGAAACCUACAUUAAACUGGAUAAACUGGGGGAGGGUACAUAUGCCACGGUCUACAAGGGGAGGAGUAAACUCACCGACAACCUUGUGGCACUGAAGGAGAUCAGGUUGGAACAUGAGGAAGGAGCUCCAUGCACUGCUAUUCGAGAGGUGUCAUUACUGAAGGACCUGAAACAUGCCAAUAUUGUGACGUUGCAUGAUAUUGUUCACACAGACAAAUCAUUGACUCUGGUAUUCGAAUACCUGGACAAAGAUCUCAAGCAGUACAUGGACGACUGCGGGAACAUCCUGAGCAUGCAGAAUGUCAAGAUUUUUUUGUUUCAAAUCCUGCGAGGUCUGGCUUACUGUCACAGACGGAAAGUUCUCCAUAGAGACUUGAAGCCUCAGAAUCUGCUCAUCAAUGACAGAGGAGAACUCAAACUGGCUGAUUUUGGCCUGGCAAGAGCAAAAUCAGUCCCCACUAAGACAUACUCGAAUGAGGUGGUGACACUCUGGUAUCGGCCCCCUGACGUGCUGCUGGGUUCUUCAGAGUAUUCCACACAGAUCGACAUGUGGGGUGUGGGCUGUAUUUUCUAUGAGAUGGCUGCUGGCAGACCUUUGUUUCCUGGAUCCACCGUAGAGGACGAACUGCACCUCAUCUUCAGGUUGCUAGGCACGCCUACAGAAGACAGCUGGCCUGGAAUCUCCUCCAUCGAAGAAUUUAAGUACUCCAAAUUCCAAAAGUACAAGACCCAGCCCCUUGUGAACCAUGCACCCAGGUUGGACUCUGAUGGCGUAGAACUGUUGAUGUCCUUCCUGAAAUACGAGUCCAAAAAGCGGAUCUCUGCUGAUGAAGCAAUGAGGCAGAUGUUCUUCAGGAGUCUGGGGCCACGUGUGCACACGCUGCCAGAGAACAUGUCCAUAUUCACAGUGAAGGAGGUCCAGCUGCAGAGAGACCCCGGCUACCGGAGCUCGUCUUACCCAGAGUCGGGUAACGGAAAGAGCAGAAGGCAAAGCAUGCUGUUUUAGGCUCUCUGGAUUGUGUUCAUUUUUGGGAGGGAGGGAAGGACCUUGUAGUUGUACAGUCUCGAUGAUGAUUGCUGGAGUGUGAAAGCCUCCCAUCAGCUUCAUCGCCCCACAAAAACUACCUAGGGUACUUCUCUACAGUACCCCCCCCAGGUUUGACCUGAUCCCUGCUCAGAGGACACAUUUAUAAACUCUACAUCUAUAUUUAUUAAGAAAGUCUGCUGCUAAAUCAAACUACUGUCUAGAACUCUAACUGGCUCGGUCACUUUAUUGAGUACAUGCAAUGUGUAUAGAUUUGUACUUUUUUGAAGUGUAUGUUUUUUUUUGUUUUUUUGGUCACUAUUUUUCAUACACUCCACCUCAGUGCUCCUUGGUGUCUUCAGUUGUUUCAGGCUGUCUGAUGGAUGUUGAUGUAGCAACUCAAAAGGUUUGGUUUCUGUUUCAACGGUGCUGAUCUCACGCGCUCUCUGUGUUUGUGUUCAAAUACUCUGAGGGAUUUGUAUAGUGGCUUAUAGGGGCCACAACACUUCCAAAUUAAGACAGCACCAACAAAUCUAGAAUACAUUUACACAUACAAAAAAAACAUGCAUCAUUUCAACAGGUAGGUAGUUGCAUCAGUGCACAGCAAUUAAGAUAACAUGAAAAUAUAGCUAGCUUAAGAGUAAAAUAAUCACUGAAGUAAACUUACUCUGCCAACCAGGUAGAAAUACACAACAGUGUGCUGUGUAAGUUAGUCCUCUGGGCAGACGCUGUUUGUGUUGUGAAGCUUUGCAAAGCAUUUGUGUUUGAGUGUGCUGUGUGCAUUUGAAGCAAAUUAUCAAUUUAAAUUGGUGCAUGCGCUGCAGAUUGUGUCCUUUACAAAUCUUUUUUCCCCACUGGCAAGACUUUUUUUAUAUGGGACUACCUGGUGGGAAUUGAGAACUAUAACACUUUAGUCUGCAUCAAAAUUUUAAAUCCAUCAGGAUUAUGUGCGUCAGACGUUAUCGCUUCCUCUCAUCAAUGCCAGUAAGUUUUUCCUGAGUUCUGUGUUGCAAGCUUGUCAUAAGAUCUUCAGAUGUAAUGACAUGAUCUUGAACUCUGCAUCGAGCAAACAGGAAAACAGCUGCAUUGAUGCUGAAAACCUUUUGUAGCCCUUCAUUUUUUCCGCACAAAAAUCAGGAAUCAGACCAAUAGGUAGAAUCAAUAAUUCAUUGAUAAAUUAUCAAUUCCUAGCCAUAUUAUCGAAUGGCAGAUUUUCUUUUUUACUUUUGUUUUUAAUGGUGUUGUCUCAGUUUGGAAAUGUGGCACCUCUUGGCCACUAUAGUAUAUUUAGGCCACUUUAGAACCUGAUCGUGUUGUGGUCAGUUUCUGCUUUAAGAUGCUGGUAUGAUCAUUCCUGAAUGCUGUGGUCUCUGUUGGGACCAGUGGGGGGGUGGGGGGAAGAGCUUGUGUAAAAUCAUUAAGGGCAUUACUAAAUUAUCAGUAACACCUUAACAGUUUGGAAAAUGCAUAGAGUGACCAGCUUCCUCAUCCUUGUCUGUUUGCACUGGGGUGUAUCAACUUCUCAAAUCUGUUACAAAGUGGUGCAGAAUAUCGGCUUUGUGUAUUGUCCUUACUGCUGUUCCCAUGUGUCACCUGCAGAAAUUAGUGUUUUUCUUUUGAAUUGCGUGUUUGUGUUGUAAGUCUGCUCUGUUAUUCAGGGAGCCGCAGUCCCGCUGCGCGUGAAGACAGCAUCACACUAACAGUGUUACAACUUUUCUACAGUGUAAUUUUGUUUGUGGAUAUUUGUUAUUGGUGCAGGAUUUCAAUGUACCCCCCCCCCCCCCCCCCCCCGAUUAAAUCGAAGAGUUUAAA